CUCAGCGUGCUCCCUCGUCCCUCCCUCCCUCCAUCCCUCCGCCCUCCUAGCUCAGUCGUAGGCCUAGGGGUCGGGCCUGCAACAAGUUAUCAUCACAGACAUGGGCCAAGGAGCCAGAGGCCGUCCGGGGUCUGUGAGUUGAGCCUGAGGCUGCAGGAUGAGGGCCUAGCCAGCUCAUUGGAAGAUCUCUUCUCUGCCACCCUGCACUGCUUCUGGUGUUUACCUGCCCCCGCUGGGACUUCCUCAUCCCCCCACCCCCCAGCCACUAAGCCCAGCUCCGCCCAUCUGGAUGAUAAGAAUGAUAGCCCAGCCAUCCGCCAAGAGGCUCUGGAUUCUUAGGGCUUCAUGGGGACAGCCAGCCCGGGGUCUCUCUGGGCAGUAUUCCUGCUUCCUCUUGUCUUUGGGGUCCCCACAGAGGAGCCUAUCUUUGGGGAAUCUGUGGCUUCCCACCUCCCCAAAGGCUGUCGACGAUGCUGUGACCCCGAGGACCCGAUGUUCUCUGAUGACACGGUCCAUGCCCCUGUUUCCCCUUAUGUCCUGCCUGAGGUCAGACCAUACAUCAACAUUACCAUCCUGAAGGGUGACAAAGGGGACAGAGGUCCUUCAGGAACACCAGGGAAGCCAGGCAAGAAUGGUACCCGAGGGGACCGUGGCUCUCAGGGUGUCAAAGGUGACAAGGGGCAGGCAGGUAGCCCUGGCAGCUCGUGCCAGACGCAUUACUCGGCCUUCUCUGUGGGCCGCAAGACUGGCUUGCACAGCACCGAGAACUUCCUCUCACUGCUGUUCGACAGGGUCUUCGUGAAUACGGAUGGCCACUUCGACAUGGCCACCGGCCGCUUUGUGGCCCCCCUGCGUGGCCUCUACUUCUUCAGCCUCAAUGUGCACAGCUGGAAUUACAAGGAGACCUACGUGCACAUCGUCCACAAUGAGCAGGCGGUGGUGAUUCUGUACGCACAGCCCAGCGAACGCAGCAUCAUGCAGAGCCAGAGUGUGAUGCUGCCGCUGGUGCGGGGUGACCACGUGUGGGUGCGGCUCUUCAAGCGGGAGCGGGAGAAUGGCAUCUACAGUGAUGAUGUGGACACGUACAUCACCUUCAGUGGCCACUUGAUCAAGGCAGAGGACGACUGAGCUUCCCCAGCCACCUUCGCAGCUGGGCAGCUGGUGGCUAGGGCAGGUCCCGUAGGUCCCAGGCCUGGGUCUGCUGCUCUUCCUUCCUGGUCUCUACCAUUACCUGCAGUCUGUCUUCAUCCCCUCCCCUCUUGGCUUCAUUUUCUGAUACUUUUUGGGUUUACAUAUUCCACUUUGCCAGCCUCUAGAGUGGCUCUCCUGACAUUCUACCAUGCUGUUUUUCCCCGGGGUCUUUAUUAUCUGGUAGAUUCUGGCUUCGCAUUUGAGGUAGACCCGGGAUUCUGCAUUUCUACCGAUUUCCUCCAUGACGUUGAUGUCACUGGUCUGAGGAUCAUACUUGAGGAUUGUGCUCACUAGAACGUUCCCAGCAUUCUUAGGGCCUUCAAGAACACUCUUGAAUUGCACCCCCUCCCCAAACUCUAGCAUUCUUUCCGGAUCCUCUGGCUUCCUCCUCCCCUUGGACCUUCCCCACAUCUGACCUUCCCCUCCUCCCCCUUUCCGGCCACUGUUCAUUUGUGCAUUCAUCUAAUGCUGAACGCUCACUUGGUCUCAGGCCUUAGGAAAGCCCACAAGUGGGCACUAAGACUUGAGCACAUGCUCCUCUAGACUGGGUCCGAGGGCACUGUGGUCCCUUCUCCACUGCUUCCAUGGUGCCACAGGUUCCUGGAGAUGGGAAUGAUGUCCCUUUCCCAUUCUCCACAUUCUUACCCAGUGCCCAGCAUUAAAGCACAUAUAGGUAUAGUCUUGGCUGGGAGGAAACCCAGGAGUUUAGACACAUCUGGGAUGAAGGGCCGCCUGGGAACUGGAGCCUGUUCUCUUCCCUGGCCUUUGAAGACUCCCCCUGCCCUCCUUCUUUCCCCAUUGUCCAGGACUUUAGCCAUGGUCAGACCAUGCACUAGUGCUCUCUGGUCCUCCUGGCUCCUCCAAGGCCCAGGCUCACACUGGGUUGAUGAAGGUGCUUAAGCCCCUGUGACCAUAGAGGUGGCUCCCAGUUCACAGCUUCUCCUGCCUGUAUUGCCCUUGCAGACAUCAUGGGCAAAUCAGGCAGGAUGAAGGUGGCAGGUUUCAGCCCAAAGCAGGUCUAGGGACUGAAGCCAGUGACAUUCAGGUUACCUGGGGGCCUUCUCUGAGCCAUGCUUCCAAGACAGGCCCUGGGGGGAAGUUGUAGAAAAGCAAGGGACACCAAGAAUCCCCCACCCCCAUGCCUUUCCCAGGGUGUGUGGCCUGGUGGCCCUCCAACCUUCCCUUCUUCUACUAUAGCCUGUCCAAGCUUCUCAGGGGAAGGUGGCCUCCGUCCAUUGGUGCUUCUGCAGAUCCAGGGCAGGGCUGGCUGGCCCUGGGAGGGCAUCUCUGGUGCUUACAGCCAAGGGAGCCACGGCAGGGUGAUAGAGGCAAGGCCUGCCAUGUGCUGUGAAGGCUGGUUCUACAAAACCACCCUCAGCCUGACUGUUCUUGCCUGCUUGGUCAGUGUGAAUAAAGAUACUGGAUUCUCUUGGCA